AUGGUCAGAACUAGAGCAACAGGUGUGACAACACCAACCCCGGCAAGACAGGGUACGCCUGAGCCAACCGUUGGGGCUGCAGCUCGAAGGGGAGCAGUGGCAAGAGGCCGUGGUAGAGGUCGCGGGAGAAGGCCCACUAGAGGCAGAGGACAAACACCUGGUUCAGCUAGGGAUAGAGUGGUAACUCAUCCACCGACUGACGAGGUAGUGAGAGAGAGUGACGAAGGGGAAGAUGAGCAGAUUCAAGAGAAGGAAGUACCACCCCAGCCUACUCCAGAGAUGAUUAAUCAGGUUCUCACUUAUCUUAGCGGGUUAUCCGAUCAGGGGCAGGCACCCCCAGCAUUUUCUUCACUAGCACCUCAAGUUCAGGGAGUGCAACAUGCAGCUGAUGUGGCUCCUCGCAUGGAUGCGUCCUUAGAAACAGACACGUUUCCCCGAUUGACUGCAGGGCCUAUAAUGACUAGUGACCAGCAUGAUCUCUUUAUUAAGUUCUUAAAGCUGAAACCUCCAGUUUUCAAGGGUACUGAAUCUGAAGAUGCUUAUGAUUUCCUGGUUGAUUGUCAUGAGUUGUUACAUAAGAUGGACAUAGUGGAGCGAUUCGGUGUUGAGUUUGUGACCUACCAGUUUCAAGGGGAUGCCAAAAUGUGGUGGCGGUCUCAUGUGGAGUGUCGACCAGCAAAGGCACCACCUAUGACUUGGACAACAUUUUCUAGCUUAUUUAUGGAGAAGUACAUACCCCGGACUUUGAGGGACAGAAGAAGAGAUGAGUUCCUGAAUAUAGAGCAAGGAAGGAUGUCUGUUGCAGCUUAUGAGGCUAAAUUUCGUGCGUUAUCCAGGUAUGCCACUCAGCUUUGCUUCAGUCUGCAAGAGCGGAUUCGCCGCUUUGUAAAGGGAUUGAGGUCAGAUUUGCAGAUCCCAGCUUUACAGGUAGCUGCUUCUGCAAAGUCUUUCCAGGAAGUGAUUGAUUUUGUGAUAGAGGUAGAGGGGGUGAGGCCGGAUGACUUCACCAAGGUGUCAACAUUUAAAAAGUUUCGUAAGGGAGGUGAGUUUAGUGGUUCGUACUCCAGAGGGCAGAGUUCAGGGGGCUAUCCACCUCGUCCUAUUCAGUCUUCAUUGCAGGCUUCAGUUGAGGGUCCGUUGCGGACCAGUCAACCUUUUUCUGAGUUUGGGGGUUACCUCCAGUCUUCUUCGUCUUCACAAAGACCUACACUCGACUCUAGGACUUGUUAUGGAUGUGGAGAGGCCGGACAUAUCAAGAAAUAUUGUCUAAAGCAGAGUCAGGCUCGGUACGAUCAGAGUUACAGAUCCCCAGCAGUUAGAGGUAGAGGUGGUCAUGGUAGAGGCCGUCAUUCUGGAGGACGUGGUGGCCAAGGUAAUGGUGGUCACCAGUUCAACCGGGGUGGCGGGCAGGUUGGAACUACUGAAGCGCAGCCCGGUACUCUUCUGGUCUGUGAUCGCAUGGCUUCUAUAUUGUUUGAUCCUGGAUCCAUAUUUUCUUAUGUAUCUUCCUCGUUCGCUACUGGUCUUGAUUUGCAUUGUGAUUUGCUUGACAUGCCUAUUCGUGUCUCUACUCCUGUUGAUUGUAAUGCUAAGACUGUGACCUUGGCCAAGCCUAGGAUAGAUCCACUAGUGUGGGAGGGUGACUAUAUUCCCGCCCCAAUUCGUAUUAUCUCUUGUCUUUGUGCUAAGAGGUUGGUUAGUAAGGGUUGUUUAGCUUUCUUGGCACAUCUCAGGGAUGAUACUUCCAAAGUGCCUUCAAUCGAGUCUGUUUCGAUAGUCCGUGAGUUUACAGAUGUUUUUCCUUCCGACCUACCUGGUAUGCCACCAGAUAGAGAUAUUGAUUUUUGUAUUGACUUGGAGCCGGGGACUCGCCCCAUUUCUAUUCCACCUUAUAGAAUGGCCCCAGCUGAGUUAAGGGAGCUAAAGGCCCAACUUCAGGAAUUGUUAGACUACAGGCAGCUGAAUAAGGUAACUAUUAAGAACAAGUACCCCAUUCCUCGCAUUGACGACUUGUUCGAUCAGUUACAGGGUGCUUGUGUCUUCUCUAAAAUUGAUUUGAGGUCUGGUUAUCAUCAAUUGAAAAUGCGGGCAACGGACGUGCCAAAGACUGCUUUUCGAACCAGGUAUGGGCAUUAUGAAUUCUUAGUAAUGUCAUUUGGGCUUACGAAUGCCCCUGCUGCUUUCAUGAGCCUAAUGAACGGAAUUUUUAAGCCAUAUUUAGACCUCUUUGUUAUUGUAUUCAUUGAUGAUAUCCUGAUAUACUCGAAGAGCAGGAGGGAACACGAGGAGCAUUUGAGAAUUGUAUUGGGGUUGUUGAGGGAGAAAAAGCUUUAUGCCAAAUUCUCCAAGUGUGAGUUUUGGCUCGAUUCAGUGUCCUUCUUGGGGCACGUGGUUUCUAAGGAUGGAGUGAUGGUGGAUCCCUCUAAGAUUGAAGCAGUGAAGAGUUGGGUAAGGCCUACUAAUGUUUCAGAGGUAAGGAGCUUUGUUGGUUUAGCUAGCUACUACCGCCGAUUCGUACAGGGAUUCUCUUCCAUUGCUUCCCAGUUGACCAAUUUGACCAAGCAGAAUUUCCAUUUGUAUGGUCGAAUGAGUGUGAAGAAAGCUUCCUGA